UGCGAAAUAGUCAAUUUAAUAAAAUAACUAGAUCCAUCCACAUUAAAUAUUGUGUGGGGUCGGUUCCACCGUUGGCUGGCAAUGGCAUAGAUCAGAAAUGGCAGUUCCAUCUCCACCUUCACCCACAUCAAACUCAUGGAGUUUCAAAAAAAAAAAAGAAGACACAAUAGUAGUCAAUACAACGUGUUUAACAGUGAAAUAAAAAAAGACAGCACGUGCCAAGUGACACUAGUCCACAACCCAAUCUUCAUAUCUCCAGCUUCCACACUAUAUCACCAUCUCUCAUCUCUCCAAAUCUCCUUCCACCUCCACUUCACUCAUGGCGUCGGCGUCUCUCACCCUCUCCCUCCUCUUCUCAGCACUAUUCCUCACAACAACAUCAGCAAUAGGCAUCAACUACGGGCAGAUCGCGAACAACCUCCCCCACCCGGAAUCAGUAGUGCCCGUUGCCAAAUCCAUGGGCAUAACCCGAAUCAAGCUCUACGACGCCGACCCCCACGUCCUCAAGGCCUUCGCCAACACCGGCGUGGAAUUCGCAGUCGGCAUCGGCAACGAGUACCUAUCCCCAAUUCCAAAAAAGCCCUCUCCUGGGUGAAAUCCAACGUCCAAUGCUACCUCCCCGCCACCAAAAUCUCCUACAUUGCCGUCGGCAACGAAGUCCUCACCUCCAACGACUCCUCCCCGCCAUGGAAAACAUCCACACCGCCCUCGUCUCCCUCAACCUCCACCGCCAGGUCACCGUCACCACCCCCCUCCGCCGCCGUCUUCCGCCGCGACAUCGCCAAGAAGCUCGCCUGCAUCCUCGACUUCCACUGCAAAGUCGGAUCCCCCUUCCUCAUCAACGCCUACCCUUACUUCGCCUACAAGGCUGACCCCAAGCGGGUCCCCCUCGAUUUCGUUCUCUUCGAGGGAUCCGGGAUCGUCGAUUCAAUUUGUUUAGGUUAUGUAUGUGAAUGAAUUAUUAGUAGUAGUGGUGGGGCAGGGAGAAAUAGAAGUAGCACUAGCAUUAAGCAAAUUCAAUUUGGGACAUGGAGGGGACAGACAGAGAGUAUUGAUGGGAGUCAAUAUACACAUAUUUUAUUUUCUGGAUUGAAACAACCAUAACAAAUAUUUUACUACUAUCCAUUUUGAGUAAUGUGACUGGGGUUUGCCAUGUGCUUCUUCUGACUUAUAUGUAUGGUAAAUAAAAUAGAGACGUAUAAUAGUUUGUUUAUUUUAUUUUAUUUUAUUUUAUUUUAUUUUGGAAUAUUAUGAUGGAAUCUGUGGAGGAGUUAGUAGUGAUGGUGAAUAAAAUAAGUAUUUUGAGGCCUUGGGUCAACACAUAGAAUUGAUUGUUUAGAUUUAAAUUAAUUAAGGUGAUUUUGGAUGCAGGAGAGGCUUGGAGUUGGAGUAUUAUCGAUUUUAUGCCUGAUCAUAAUUGCACUACAAAUAUGAUCUGAUGAGAAUUGAAUUCAUCGAAGACGAGAAGUAAUAGAUGAGUUGACAAAAUUGUGUAUGAAUAUGAUGUUCAUUACUUAUGUACGUACUUAUUACUCCCUCCGUCCCCUAAUAGGAGUCGUUGUUUGACCGGGCA